ACACAUGUAAUAUUUACUUGUUGCAAUAAGCAAAGAAAUACAACUUGUGAUAUUUGAUAUAACCCUAUCUAAGAACUAGCCAUGGCCUUGAAUCAUUUUAUAACAUUUCUCCUAAUUGCUGCAAUGGCAAUUCCACAUGCCAAAGCUCAGCUUGGGCUUAUUAAUGCUCUUCUCGGAUCUGUUAAUGUUCAAGGAACUGUAUUUUGCACUUCCAAGGACAAUAUGGGUGUCAAAGGUGUAAUCCCAGUUUUUUCAAAUGCUCAAGUGCAAGUGGUUUGUGGAGGAAAAGAGAUUUCUAAUGCUAGAACUGAUGAAAAUGGAAAGUUUUCUAUUAUGAUGGAUUCUCUUGUAUUGGAUCUGUCUUCUCUUCUGAAUGGUUGCAAUAUGGUGGUUGCCACUCCUCUUUCCAAUUGCAACACCAACCUUCCUUCUGCUGGGGCUCUCAUUUCAACCCUACAGUUUGCUGGGAUCACUCGUAUUGGGACUCAAACUAUAACUGACAUUAUUCCAUCAGGAUUCCAUUUCCUGCCCUCCACUUAAUUAUUCAACCAUCACAAAAUUAUCAUCAUUAAUUAAUUAAAUAAAGUCAUGCCAUGACUUAUCAAUCCCUUGUAUUUUUUUACUUUCUAAAUUCUACUUCAUUCGCCACUGUCUCUUAUACGUACCUAAAUUCAAACCAUUAGAUUGGUAUAGUGGUGAAAAGGUGAAAAAUUCAAAUAGUAUGCCGAAAAUCUUAGAUUUAAAUCAUGUUAUUGAUGUAAUUCUUAUUAUAAAAAAUAUAUAUAUGUAUCUAAAUUGGCAUUUGGAUAAAUGAUAUCACCCUUCACGAUGAUAAA